ACCCGAGUUCCAUUCUUUCUCGAGGGACGACGGUACACGUCUCGCUGUGCCAUCGUCGUGUGCGAGGACACCCAUUGCCCCAAGUGCCAUGCCGYGCAUGCAUAGGAGAAUGCGGGACCCCCUGGUGGUGGCCAUCAUGGCUAUCGCCGGCAGAUUGGCAGAAGAUGCCUUCAGUUUCGUUGAUUCCCUGUUUGACGAGUCGUUGCUCACUGGUGAGGACGAUGAUAUGGCGAUGGUUACUGUUGGUGAUGCCGACGAAGAUGCCGGAGGACGACACCGCAGUCUCCUUUGGUUGUUGCCAACCAUUUAYGAAAUGUGCGGGUUGUCACCAAGGGCGUCUCCUAGGUGGUGGGUCAUGCGGCGGUCUGCGGGGUUAUGGAAGGACCUCGUCGCAACGGACGACGCCGAGAAUGACCACUACUUGGGCUUGUUACGCAUGCGGAGGUCCACAUUCGACAGGCUGCUGCGUAAGGUCGGGCCCCUUUUGGAGAAGCAAGUCACAAAAUUCAGAGUGCCAUUGCCGYCGUCCAAGAAAUUGGCCUACGCACUCCASAGAUGGGCCCACGGCGAUGCACACUGGCACARCUCGUCCGGAUAUGGCAUGGGGAGAACUAGUGCCUUGCGCGCGGUACGAGAAGUUGCAGAGGCCAUUCACACGGCCUUCCCGAACGCUGUUAGUUUUGGCAGUUAUGAGGAGCGGCACCUACGCAUGCAGCGUUUCCGAGCAUUGGGUUUCCCCAAUUGCUGGGGGUGCAUCGACUGCACCCACGUGUACGUCGACAAACCGCGACGCGCAGAUGGUGAUGACUAUUGUUCUGGACGGAGCAACAGGUUCUCAGUGCUUGCGCAGAUUGUCGUUGACUCGGACUUGCAGAUCCUGGAUUUCUGCUACGGCUUCCCUGGGACCGUUGGCGAUGCCCGUGCUCUGAGGAACACUUCCCUGUACAGACGCGCUAUGAAGGGGUCACUGUUCGUUGACCGCCCCGAUGAUCCUUUCGCUGCAGAGAGGCCGUCUAUCCCGGGUGUCCCUGGGGGAUACUUGCUUGGUGACGGAGGGUAUCACGCUCUUCCGUGGAUUGUGAUCCCUUACGGCCAAUCGCCGCGUACCACGACGGCCAAUCAACGCUUUGAUGCAUUGCACAAGGUUGUUCGCUCAUGUGUCGAGCGUUUUUUUGGCGUUUUCAAGCAGCGUUUCCAGUAUUUCUAUAGGCCGCACAUACCGGACAUGUCCCGCGAGAAGUUGGAGUUCCGGGCCUGUUGCAUCCUACAUAACUUGCUGCAGUCGUGGGGGGAUAUGCUUGAUGCGGACGGAGAGAUAAGUGACGCGUCAUCCCCGGAUGAUCCACCUCCUGAUGUUGACCUCCGUGUCGAAGGUGCCCCCUUGGAGUUUAUGUUUGGCAGGGAGCGCGGCCAGGCGGUGCGGGACGCAUUGUGCACUGAGGUAGUCCGUUUGUGGGAGCUGCGGCGGCGACGGGCCGUUUAGUUGCACUGCACUCGCAUACCGUUUCAUCGUGGGUCUUUAAAACUCACCCGGAGUCUUUUUUUUUUUUUAUCACCGGUGUUACACUGUAUCUUUGUA